AUGCCUUCACAGUCCCCUUCCUCGCCAUUGAGUCGCUCCUCGUCCUUUGCGCCAGGCCCGCACCGCCGUUCGCACCCAAACCUCCAACACCUGUCCUUGGCUCCCCUAACACCUAAAUACCCAAUCGACCCGGCCGACUACGCUGCCUACUUCAACCCCGAAACCUCGGAGCUACACACCUCCGCCUCCAUCUCCCACGUCGCUAGCUUGCCUUCCCCGGGUGGUAUCUUGUCGAGGAGCGGAUCCGCCGCACCGUCGCGGGCGCAGUCACGCGCCAGUUCCCGGACGCGCCUGAACCAGAACCAGAAAAAGAAGAACCGAUCCUUUGUGACGAUUCAAGCCCCUCUACCUCUCACCGCUGAGGGGACGACGACGACGAGCGUUAGCGGCGUCGCUCCGCCUUCCGGAGCGCUGACGAGUGAAGGGCUCGGCCACAAAUCCAUCUCUCGUCUCUCUACCCUGACAAACCUCUCACCACAACAGACGCAUAAUCCCACAGAGUAUUCAGGCCGAUCCCUCCACAAAUCCGAUUCCUCGUGGUUCAUCCAGACGGGGCUCACAUUAACCGAAGGCUCGCGGGAAUCAAAGGGCCAAUCAUGGAUAUUCAAGCGCGACUCUUCCACCUCGUUAGCAACACCAAUCGAUGAACGACCAUCCAUGUCUCUAAGAUCCGGACGAGCGACACCAACCGCAAAUCUCAGCCGACGAAGCAGCUUUCAGAGACGCAGCAAGCGCUCCUUGGCCAUGACCCCCGUGCCCGCCACAACUCCCAUGAUAGAAAUGGACACGCCCGGGCCAGAUUGGGCGGACGAGCAGACCCAAGCGGAGAUCGCGGCACAGAUGGACGCCGAUUUCGCCGAUGAACUGGACGACACCGGCGAUCCUUAUGGCAUGUUGGACUUCGAGGCUCAGUUCGACAGCGAUGACGACGAGGACGAGGAGGAACUCCGGAAAUCCAUCAGCGGGUAUAAACUGGGGAGAUGGAUGGACGGGCUCGUGGAUGUUUUUCUCAGGUUGGAAGAUGACUAUUCAGUCGACCUUGAAGCUGCUGCAAAGCCGGCCUCGAAGACACAACCCGACCCUGCUGCUCCUUCUAAUGCUCCUCCGCCAGCGAAAGACCCCGCCGACCACCCUGCCGGUGGUCCUACAGUACGGUUCGACGACUCAGUAGAACCGCCUCCAGAAACAAGACCCCGCGGUGUCUGGGACGACGUGGCUUGGUUCGGCCGCAUGCUGGCGAGAACCGUGCGAUCAUAG